AUGAACAAAUCACUUAAAGCAUCAGCUCAUACUCUGAAACAUCUCAAUUCAAACAAGAAAUCUGACCAAUUGUUUACUGAACUUAAGGGAGCACAGCAACUGAUUCAAGUUAAUAACAAUAUCUUAUCACAACUACCAACAAUCAAUUACAUUGACGAGUACAUCUUUAAACCAAAUAGAGGUAUCAGGAAAGUCCUUCAGGAUGAGAAAUCAUUAGGAACAUUGAGCAGUAAGAAUAAGAAACAUCAAGGUGCACUUGACCAAGCACCAUGGGAUGUCACCAUUGUCUCCAGUGAUUCACUUGCUGUUACAUUACCAGACAGUAAAACAAUACAGUUUAUUUCCUUCUCCCCAGACUCACUCUCACUGAAGAACAAACUGAAGGUAAAUGGAAAGUGUGAUGGUAUCAGUCAUCAUCAGGGAAAACUUGCAGUCACAUUUGCAAAUCCUGCUAAACUACAAAUCAUGGAUUUGAAAGGUAAUACAGAAGUUAUAGUUGAAAAAGAUUCCAAUGGUGACAAUAUUUUCAAUAUUCCUUGGUAUGUUACAACAAACAGGGUUUCAAUAUAUGUAUCUGACUAUUACAAACCUGCAGUUCUACGAUUUAACUGGCAGGGAGAGAUGAUAGGAUCAGUAGGAAUUAACAAUCCACAGGGUAUAACACUGUUAGAAGAAGAGUCACUGUUAAUGAAUGAUUACAACAGUCGUUGUAUACAUAGAGUAAGUGGUGACUGUAAAGACAGUAAAAUUAUACUGGAGGAUGUAGAUAGUCCUCAAGCUGUAUGUUGGUGUGCUGAAAGUAGUACAAUUUGUGUUAGUAGAUAUAUGGAGGACAGUGGUGACAAUUAUAUCAUAUUGUAUAAAAUGAUGUAA